UAAGAGGGGGUCUGGGGUCUGCCAGUUGGGGCUCCGGGGGUGUCAGCACGAGGUCCGCGCUGGGGCGGCGGGAGGCCGGGCCUCGAGCCUGCAGCGCGCGGGCUGGCGGCGGCGAGCCCCUUUAAGAGGCCGGCGGCUGGGCUCGGCGCAGCAUCCCCGCCCCCCGCUCAGGGCGUGUCCGUCCCGGGGGGCAGGGGCGGGGGCCGGGCAGGAGCGCGCCUGGAGGCCGAGCGGGGCCGGGCGAGGGGUCGGGGGGUGGGGGGCGGCAGCUGGGGCGGACACCCGGCCCCGCACGAGCCUCGCUCGCGCCCGCGCCCGCGCCAGCGCCCCGGGUCCGGCGGAGGGCAGCGGGGGGAGGAAGCAGCAGCAGGAGGAGGAGGAGGCGGGAGCAGCAUCUGGAGCCGAGCUGCAGCAGCGCCGCCUUUUGUGCUGCGGCCGCGGAGCCCCGGAGGGCAUGUGGGUGGCGCCAGGCAUGCACUCCACGGAAGAAGCAGGGCCUCUGUGCUCAGAAGUCCUCACGUCUGGCCCGGCUGUGCAGGGAUGCAGGAGACUGGAGUGGUUCCUGGUGGCUUCCCCUUUUCUGUCCCCCAGGGUUCCCAGCCCGCCCGGACACUGGAGCCCAGCAGCCAUGGCCUGCCUCCAUGAGACUCGCACACCCUCCCCUUCCUUUGGGGGUUUCGUGUCCAACCUAAGCGAGGCAUCCGUGCGCAGGCUGGACCCAGACGCUUCUGACUGCACUCCCGAGAAGGACCUGACGCCUACCCAGUGUGUACUUCGAGAUGUGGUGCCCCUUGGUGGGCAGGGAGGGGGCGGGCCCAGCCCCUCCCCAGGUGGAGAGCCGCCCCCUGAGCCUUUUGCCAACAGUGUCCUGCAGCUGCACGAGCAGGAUGCAGGGGGCCCCGGGGGAGCAGCAGGGUCCCCCGAGAGCCGGGCAUCCAGAGUGCGAGCAGAUGAAGUGCGGCUGCAGUGCCAGAGUGGCAGUGGCUUCUUGGAAGGCCUCUUCGGUUGCCUGCGUCCUGUCUGGACUAUGAUUGGCAAAGCCUACUCUACAGAGCACAAGCAGCAGCAGGAAGACCUCUGGGAGGUUCCCUUUGAGGAAAUCCUGGACUUGCAGUGGGUGGGCUCAGGGGCCCAGGGUGCCGUCUUCCUGGGACGAUUUCAUGGCGAAGAAGUGGCUGUGAAGAAGGUUCGGGACCUGAAGGAGACUGACAUCAAGCACCUUCGGAAGCUGAAGCACCCCAACAUCAUCACCUUCAAGGGCGUGUGUACCCAGGCUCCCUGUUACUGCAUCCUCAUGGAAUUCUGCGCCCAGGGCCAGCUGUAUGAGGUACUGCGGGCUGGCCGCCCUGUCACCCCCUCCCUGCUGGUUGACUGGUCCAUGGGCAUCGCUGGUGGCAUGAACUACCUGCACCUGCACAAGAUCAUCCACAGAGACCUCAAGUCCCCCAACAUGCUAAUCACGUACGACGAUGUGGUGAAGAUCUCCGAUUUUGGCACUUCCAAGGAGCUGAGUGACAAGAGCACCAAGAUGUCCUUUGCUGGGACAGUAGCCUGGAUGGCCCCGGAAGUGAUUCGCAAUGAACCUGUGUCUGAGAAGGUUGACAUCUGGUCCUUUGGUGUGGUGCUAUGGGAACUGCUGACUGGUGAGAUUCCCUACAAAGACGUGGACUCCUCAGCCAUCAUCUGGGGCGUGGGAAGCAAUAGUCUCCACCUGCCUGUACCCUCCAGCUGCCCCGACGGCUUCAAAAUCCUCCUUCGCCAGUGCUGGAACAGCAAACCAAGAAACCGUCCAUCAUUCCGACAGAUCCUGCUGCAUCUGGACAUCGCCUCAGCUGAUGUCCUCUCCACGCCCCAAGAGACUUACUUUAAGUCCCAGGCAGAGUGGCGUGAGGAGGUAAAGCUACACUUUGAAAAAAUCAAGUCAGAAGGGACUUGCCUGCACCGCCUAGAAGAAGAGCUGGUGAUGAGGAGGAGGGAGGAGCUCAGACACGCCUUGGAUAUUAGGGAGCACUAUGAGCGCAAGCUGGAGAGAGCCAACAACCUGUACAUGGAGCUCAACGCCCUCAUGCUGCAGCUGGAGCUCAAGGAGCGGGAGCUGCUCAGGAGGGAGCAAGCUCUAGAACGGAGGUGCCCAGGCCUGCUCAAAUCUCACCCCUCAAGAGGGUUGCUGCACGGGAACACAAUGGAGAAGCUCAUCAAGAAGAGGAAUGCCCCGCAGAAGCUGUCCCCGCACAGCAAGAGGCCAGAUAUCCUCAAGACUGAGUCUUUGCUGCCUAAACUAGAUGCUGCCCUGAGUGGGGUGGGGCUUCCUGGGUGUCCUAAAGGACCCCCAUCGCCAGGACGGAGUCGUCGAGGCAAGACCCGCCACCGGAAGGCCAACGCAAAGGGCAGCUGUGGGGACCUUCCUGGGCUUCGUGCAGCAAUGUCACCCCACGAACCCGGGGCACCAGGAAGCCUAGGAGGGUUGGGACCCUCAGCCUGGGAGGCGUGCCCUCCAGCCCUCCGUGGGCUCCACCAUGACCUCCUGCUUCGAAAGAUGUCUUCUUCAUCCCCAGAUCUGCUGUCAGCAGCACUGGGGGCCCGGGGCCGGGGGGCCAUAGGGGGAGCUGGAGAUCCUGGCUCACCACCUCCAGCCCGAGGUGACACUCCCCCAAGUGAAGGCUCAGCGCCUGGAUCCACCAGCCCUGAUUCACCUGGGGGAGCUAAAGGAGAACCUCCUCCACCAGUAGGGCCCAGCGAUGGUGCAGGGAUACUGGGAACUGGAAGGGAAGGGUCGGCAGGACGGGGAGGAAGCCGGGCUGGGUCCCAGCAUUUGACCCCUGCUGCACUGCUGUACAGGGCUGCUGUCACCAGAAGUCAGAAACGUGGCAUCUCAUCAGAGGAGGAGGAAGGAGAAGUGGACAGUGAAGUCGAGGGGACCUCCAGCCAAAGGUGGCCGCAGGGUCUGAAUAUGCGUCCAUCACUGUCCACCUUCAGCUCAGAGAACCCAUCAGAUGGGGAGGAAGGCACAGCCAGUGAGCCUUCGCCCAGUGGUACGCCCGAGGUCGGUAGCACCAACACUGACGACAGGCCAGAUGAGAAGUCUGACGACAUGUGUUCGCAGGGGUCAGAAAUCCCCCUAGACCCACCUGCUUCCGAGGUGGUUGCGGGCCAUGCGCCAAGUUCCUUGCCCCUCCCACAGCAGGACCUUUUCAGAGGGGAGCAGGGCCCUUCCAACUUCGAAGAUUCCGACUGUGACAGCACUGAACUGGACCGUUCCAACAGCGGUGAUGCCCUGCAGCCCCCAGCCUCCCUUCCUCCAUGAAAGCCACUCUUACUCUGUACAUAGAAAUAUUUAUAUAAAUAGUAUAUAUGCGCCACAUAAUCAACCAAGAUGGGGCAGUCCCAGCCUCGCAGCUCCAGUGAGACCAACUCUUCUGAUCGACCUGAUAAAACUUAGGACACUGGCAGUUGUGCAGCUGAAGGACAAGCACUAUCCUAGAGUUGUGUGGAUACCGGCAGACUGGUCACUUCCUGAAUAGCCCCAUUAUGUCCACGUGAUGAGGCAAUAGCAACGCCAGACUUGCCUUUUUAUGUUCCUCUGUACUCCCUUCACCCCGCAUCCUGGGAUGGGACGGCAAAGGGAGCUGACUAGACUGCACUUUUUGUUGUUGUUUUACUGUUUACACAUUUUGCACUUGGGAAGGGGGAGGCUAGGGUUGGGUCCUCCACUAUGAGAUUUCUCAGGAGGCAGUGUAAUCCUUCAUCCUUCCCUUUCUCUAUCCAAGCCCUGGCUAAGGGCCAAGAAGCAUGUGGCGAUGGCUCAGGUUGAAGAGCUGGGGUCCAAGCUCCUGCUUUUAUCCUGGCGCCUGAUGGGGGGUGGGGACUGUCAUAUUGUAACCCCUGUGAAAAACUUUGAAAUAUAACCACUCCAUGCAGGCCCAGUUCUCGAAGGUUUGCUCGUCUUUGGUGAAUGAAGGGGGUAGGACACGUGGCUGUGCUAUUGAUUCUAGGUGAGCCAUCAAAGUCCACUCAGCAUAAAUACUGGGUUAUAAGAAAAGCAUUUUUGCAUCAAAAACUAUUGUGACUUUACCAACACCCCAAGAAGAUAGUACAACUAGCUAAGAAAAGAGCUGUAGAAUAGUCACUCCAGGUGUUUAUCCGGUAUAUACUGGACUGCUGCCAUGUGGAUAUGCAUGUGCCACCCCACGUGUAUGUGCUCUCCUGCUCGGUAGACAACCUUUAGGGCCACUGCAAUACAGGCUCCAGGGAAAACAGGGCCAAUACCUACCAAAAAAAGAUGGGAGUAGUCAAUCGAAACACCUUAACUGGGCUUAUGUGCAUGUCCCGAGCAAGGUCCAUGUCCUUGGAGGAAUCAAAGGUACAAAAAAAAAAAAAAAAAAAAAGGAAAAAAAGACAACAGGAAUAAGACCCAUAUAAACCACUGACGUUCAGUUUCUAUUCACAAAGGAAAAGCUCCAGUCCAUCUUUUAAUUUUUUUUUUGAAAAAUUCCUGACAUUACAGAACUAAACUGAAAUGUAUUAAUAUUCCACUCUUACAUUUUCCAUGACAAACAAAAAAUUCAUGAGCCAAAAAAAAAAAAAAAAAAAAAAAAACGAAA